AUGGACAUUACAAGUCCUAGACGUCAAGUAAAACACGUGGUAUUUACAUCCACGUGUCGUGAGCUUGAUUUUAUCCAUGGAGAAGUACUUGCGUUUACAUUACGACGUACGGGAUAUGACGAUAAUAUUACACAUUUGCUCUAUGGUUGUACAUCAGAAAAAGCUUUGAAUCUCAUGCAGAAGAAAGAUCCACGUCAGGACGUGCAAACGAGACAUUAUCCUCAUAUUUCUGCAGUCAACACAACGUUUGGUGAAAAGCUCCUGACGACAACGGUGAAUCCAGUAGUCCUGUCUCAGUGGAUGCUUGGACUAGAUGAUGGCAAUGUCACGAACAAUCAUCGUGUGCCAUUUCAUGAGCGUUAUGCACUAACAUCCGAUGAGUUUGUUAUGGCCGUGGACAAUGACGCGAUCUUUACCAAGAAGCUCGACAUGUCAAACCUUGUGGCUGAAGUACGUGCUGCAAUUGAACCACGUAUCUUUGGUCAAGAUGCAUCGUGGUACUGGCCAAAUCGUUUUCCUCUUACACGCGAACAACUAAAAAGCAUCGUGCCGACAAACUCUCGUGCACUGCUUCUGGAUGACUGGCGUGAAUACGCUGCCAUUGCACCGUUUCUAGCUGCGGUAAGCGCAUGGCAGGAAGUGUUGCCAAUUGCUGUUGACAUGUGGAAUAAAUUGGCCCAUGAACAGCUCUAUCUAGCUAUCCCUAUUGCUGCAGCUCACGAGAAGACGUUUAUAGGCACCUCAGGUGUCCUUAGUGUACAUCACUAUUCAUCUCGCUAUCAGAACUGGGAUUUUGUUGAUGACAUUGAUCACAACCCAUGCAAGGAACAAGCUGAAGGAGAAAAUUUGGCAUUAUCGUCCUAUCCGAUCUCAAUUCGAGCGCUAAACUUCACAUUGCCUCAGUGGAUCGACGGUCGUGAAUGGAGUUUUUUUGCCGACAAGGUGCCAUCGGAUUUUCUUUCCUGCGAUGCCUGGAUGAUUCGUCAGCCGACCGACUAUCUGUGGUAUCUCGCUACCCACACGAGUGGAUAUGAGCGUGUGCCUAACAUUCUACGUCGCCGUCACACUAUGAGUGUCUGCCUCGCCGUAGAGGCCUACAACAGUGCGUCUGAGAGCUAUCGCUUUCAUUUUUGCCCCACUGGCUAUAAUCGCAAUCGUCGUAUUCGCACGGAGUUUCAGAAGAAAGGUUGGAGCACCGCUUUGGCUUUUGCAGAUGGCACUCCUAUUGAGGAAGAACCGCCCGUCUACUUCGGCGACUACAAGAGAAAGAAAAGUUCUGACGUCUCACAUGAACUGAAACCUGGUCAAGAAGGAAGCGAUGAGUUACACUUUGUAUUCACAACUUCUUGUGAGAUUCAGCAAGACUGGCAGAGUGAGGCUCUUGCCCAGAGCUUUGCACGAGUCGGCCAGCGUGGAGCACUUACGCGCAUUGUAAGCGGCUGCUCAGAUGAAGCAGUAAAGGAGCUGCUGCGUCGCACGGUCAAGUCUUCGCCGCACCUGCGCAUUCACGUCACUCGCGAUUUUCGUUCGCUCCCAAUUGUCAGGGAAGUUUCCAACGUGGCCGAGGGGGCUUCAAAGCCUGACGACUAUACGCCAUACAACAAACCGUUCGGACUUCGAGACUGGUUGGAGUCAGCCAACCCUCCUGUGCGCGAGGAACUCAUCGUUGUGCUUGAUCCAAAUUUCUUGUUUGUGCGGACGUUCGCAGUAAACACUGGCGGUCGGGUGAUAUCGGCAAAGAAUGUGGACUCGGGCAAUUACGACCGCGAUGCCGAGGUUGUCGAAGGCAUGCGGCAGUACAAGCGCUUUUUUGUAUAUGCUGGCUCACGUGAAAAUGUAAGCGAUACAGUAGUGGACGGUGUGGCAGUGGCGCAGCGAUGGUCGCAGUACUUGGGCACUGCAGCUUUUGAAAACAGUACGUCAAUCUGUCCAGAGUGCGCGAAGGUAUCAACGGCGGACGUCACAGAGAAUUUCGCUGUUGGCCCUCCGUACGUGAUCACACGCAAAGAUUUGAUGCAAUUGAUGGACGACUACUGCAACAUGACGAUGCUUAAGCGAGAACAGACGAAUCGCGAGUAUUGGAUGAGCGACAUGGUGGGAUACUCACUUGCAGCGGCAAAGCAUGGAGUGAAGCACACGACGUUUGACAACUUGGCGUUGGGCAACAAAGCUGACGACUACAUUGGUUUUGUCAGCAUGAUGAAGGGAAAUCCGUGCAAGGACCCUGUGAGUCCCGUCAUUCUAGGCGAGGCUCCACCUUUGAUGCAUUACCGCCAUUCAUACGAGGCCGAUGACGACCGCGGCUUCAAGUGGAUAUUCAACAAGCAGUUGAUACCCAACAACUUGUUUGCAUGCGACUCGUGGCUUCUGGCAUCGCCGCCCGCCAGUGUUUGGACACUGGCUGAGGAGAGCCGCGAUAAGCAACGGAUGGCAGAAGCGUAUCGUGUGUGCACGAGUAUCAAGGUGUUUAACCAAAUACUGGUUGACUUUAAGACGAAGAUGUGUCCUGACGGGUUCAAUCAAAACCGUCGAUUACGUCUUAUGAAAAGCGUGCAAGAGGAUUUGCUCAAGGUUGGUCAUAUACACGUACCAUGGCAUAACGCUGCUGCGGAGGAAAAGGCUCCAUGA